GCGGUGUGUGUGAUAUUUUUUUGUUUUAAAUCUCGUCGUGAUACUAUCGUCAAUAUGUAUAAUAAAAUUGCAUGUGUUGUUGGUGCCAAAAAAUUGAAAAAUUUGGUUAUUUUCUUACUAUAUAUUUCGUUUUUGGAGGCCCAUAAUUUUCGGAGAUUUCCAAGUUAUAACUCAACUUUGGAAAGAGCAAAAAGGGAAGAGUGUGGAUUCUCCUGCGGUGAUGGAACCUGUAUUCUUGUGGAAAAUAUCUGCGAUGGCAUAUCUGAUUGCACGGACGGUUCAGAUGAAACCGAAAAUCGUUGUUCUUCGUUUUUGUGUCCUCCAUAUUUAUUUAAAUGCGGUUACGGAGCUUGUAUAACAAGAGAAAAAAUGUGUGAUGGGAUUAAAGAUUGCGCUGAUAAUUCUGAUGAAAAUGGAGACCUUUGUUCAACUAAUAUUUCACCUUUCAGUUUUAAAUAUACAUUCCAUUGCCAAAAUAAUGAUUACAUAAACGCUUAUCUUGCAUGCGAUGGUCGAAAAGACUGUAAAGAUGGUUCGGAUGAAACAAAUAAACUAUGCAAAGAUAUCCCUUGCCCAUCUUUCUUACUAAAAUGCAAUUACGGUGCUUGCAUAGAUAAAAAUGCACGUUGCAAUGGUACCAAAGAAUGUGCCGAUGGUUCCGAUGAAUUUGAAUGUGAUGGAACUACUCCAUCUACAGACCCUUCUGUACCAAGCGAUUGUAUUCCAAAAUAUCCACGGAAUGGUCAACAUUCCUUUACCACUAUCAAUGGGAAGUUUCUUGGUUUUUACUUAAACACCCUUUUAUUUGUAUUAAAUAAACAAUGAAAACAAACAAAUAAACAAUGAAAAGUUA